GCAGACUAUAAAAUUAGCGCCCCGCGCAGCCUCCGCACAGCCAGCGGGUCGCACUUGGAGGGUUCCCUUACCUGUCUGAGGAGCUGCGGACACCGCUGCCCUUGACCAUGGCUGAGGAGCUGAUCCUGCAAAGAUGCGACUUGGAGCUGGAGACCAAUGGCCAUGACCACCACACAGCUGACCUGUGCCAGGACAAACUGGUGAUACGGCGGGGCCAGCCCUUCCGGCUGACGCUGCACUUCGAGGGCCGUGGCUACGAGGCCAGCGUGGACAACCUCACCUUCAGCGCUGUGACUGGCCCAGCCCCCAGUGAGGAGGCGGGGACCAAAGCUCGCUUCCCGCUGUCUGAUGCCGUGGAGGAGGGCGCCUGGACAGCCACGGUGGUAGACCAGCAGGACUGUGUCUUGUCGCUGCAGUUCAGCACCCCAGCCAGCGCCCCCAUCGGCCUGUACCGCCUCAGCCUCGAGGCCUCUACUGGCUACCAGGGCUCCAGCUUCGUGCUCGCCCACUUCACCUUGCUCUUCAAUGCCUGGUGCCCAGCCGACGCCGUGUACCUGGACUCGGAGGAGGAGAGGCGCGAGUAUGUGCUCACCCAGCAGGGCUUCAUCUACCAGGGCUCAGCCAAGUUCAUCAACAGGAUCCCUUGGAACUUCGGGCAGUUUGAAGAUGAGAUCUUGGAUAUCUGUCUGACCCUCCUGGACGUGAACCCCAAGUUCCUGAAGAACUCCAGCCGCGACUGCUCUCGCCGCAGUAGCCCAGUCUAUGUGGGCCGGGUGGUGAGCGUCAUGGUCAACUGCAAUGACGACAACGGGGUGCUGCAGGGCCGCUGGGACAACAACUACGCGGAUGGCAUCAGCCCCAUGUACUGGAUCGGCAGUGUGGACAUCCUGCGGCGCUGGAAGAAAUACAGCUGCCAGCAGGUCAAAUACGGCCAGUGCUGGGUCUUCGCUGCCGUGGCCUGCACGGUGCUGCGUUGUCUGGGUGUACCCACUCGCGUGGUGACCAACUUCAACUCGGCUCAUGAUCAGAACAGCAACCUGCUCAUUGAGUACUUCCACGAUAAGGAUGGGGUCCUCCAGAGGGACAAGAGUGAGAUGAUCUGGAACUUCCACUGCUGGGUGGAGUCAUGGAUGAGCAGGCCUGACCUGCAGCCCGGCUAUGAGGGCUGGCAGGCCCUGGACCCAACACCCCAGGAGAAGAGUGAAGGGACCUACUGCUGCGGCCCCGUGCCAGUUCGCGCCAUCAAGGAGGGUGACCUGAGCACCAAAUACGAUGCGCCUUUUGUCUUCGCUGAGGUCAACGCUGAUGUGGUGGAUUGGAUCCAGCACGAGGAUGGAUCUGUGCACAAAUCCAUCAACCGCUCCCAGGUGGUGGGACUGAAUAUCAGUACCAAGAGCGUGGGCCGGGACGAGCGCCAGGACAUCACCCACAACUACAAGUACCCAGAGGGGUCCCAAGAAGAGAGGGAUGCCUUCACCAGAGCCAACCAUCUGAACAAACUGGCCACGAAAGAGGAGACAGGGGUGGCUAUGCGGAUCCGCGUGGCCCAGAGCAUGAGCAUGGGCAGCGACUUCGAAGUCUUUGCCUACAUCAACAAUGACACGGCUGAGGAGCGCACCUGCCGCCUUGUGCUGUGUGCCCGCACCGUCAGCUACAAUGGGGUGCUGGGCCCUGAGUGUGGCACCAAGGACCUGCUCAACCUCAUCCUGGAGCCCUUCUCUGAGAAUAGCAUCCCUCUUCGCAUCCUGUAUGAGAAGUAUGGGGACUACCUGACCGAGUCCAACCUCAUCAAGGUGCAGGGCCUCCUCAUCGAGCCGGCUGCCAACAGCUACGUGCUGGCCCACAGGGACAUCUACCUGGAGAAUCCUGAGAUCAAGAUCCGGGUCCUGGGAGAGCCCAAGCAGAACCGUAAGCUGGUGGCCGAGGUGUCCAUGCAGAACCCGCUCUCCGUGCCCCUGAUAGGCUGCUGCUUCACAGUGGAGGGAGCUGGCCUGACCAAGGAGCAGCUGAGAGUGGAGAUCUCGGACCCCGUGGAGGCGGGGGAGGUGGUCAAGGUGAGGGUGGACCUGCUGCCGCUGCAUGUGGGUCUGAACAAGCUGGUGGUGAACUUUGAGAGCGACAAACUCAAGUCUGUGAAGGGCUUCCGGAACAUCAUCAUCGGACCCCCCUAAGGGACCUGCGCGCCCCACCCUGCAGCCUGCAGAGAGCCCCAGUUUGACCCUAAUCUUUAUCCCAAGCUCAUGAGUGACUCUGCCCCGUUUUUGGGCCCAAAGCCCAGGAUAGGGGUGGGCUGCCUGGGGGACCCUUUGGGGUGGGAUGUACUCAGCUUGUGCUUUUCAUGCCCUACUGGCCUAAUUUCCCACACAUGCCCCUUAACUGUGAGGAAUGUACUCUGUCAUCGCAGUGGGAAUCCUGA